AUGACGCAAGUUGAAAGUAAGGCUCCACAUUUUCCACAACAACCUCUUGCAAAACAAAAUGAAGAUGGUUCACUUGAAUUAGAAUGUUAUGUUGAAGCUUAUCCAGAACCAAAUUUAAAAUGGACUUACAACAACACUGAAAUUAAAGAUGAUCAAAGAUACCAAACAUGUAUUGAUAGAGAAUCAAGUAAUAAAUUUAUUGCACGCCUUAAAAUUAAGGAAUUGAAUGAUGACGAUGCUGGUGCAUAUCGUUGUUGUCUUACUAAUGGACUUGGAAAAGGUAAUGCUAAUUUCAAUCUUAAGUUAACAGGAUUUUCCUCACCAACAUUUGUCUCCAAACCAGCAAUUAACUCUCGUGAUAAUGGUAGAGUAAUGGUCAUGGAAUUUGUUUGCAAAUCCGUCUUAAAACCAACAUUUACUUGGUUUAAAGGAGAAACAAAAAUUUUUGAAGAUAAGGAACAACAUUAUAAAUUUGUUGAAGAACCACUCUCUGGAAAUCAAUAUCGUAUUGCUUUAGAAAUCACUGAUCCUAAAAAAGAAAAAGAUGCCGGAAAUUUUGUUUGCAUUGCUGAUAAUAAUUCUGGUAAACUUACCGCUACAUUUAGCGUCAAAUUUGAAGUACCAGCUGGUGCUCCAACAUUUACUAGAAAACCACAAAUUAGUCAAAAGACCUCCGAAACAAAUGGUGAACCAGCCAUUGUCUUUGAUAUUGGAUAUUGCGCAGAUGGUGAAUCUGAAGUUAGCUGGAUUAAUCCAAAUGGAAGAAAAAUUAAGGAAGGUAAUAGAAUUGGUAUUCAAAAUAUUAAGGAUAGUGGAAAUGGAAACUAUACUGCUUUACUUGAACUUAGAAAUUACAAAGCCAAAGAUAGUGGUACAUACAUAUGUAACAUUAAGAAUGAUUGUGGUGAAGCUAAUGUUGAGUUAACGCUUAAUAUCGAAGGUCCAUCAGAUGAUGGUGCUGAUGAUGGCGCUGAUGAUUAA